UUUUUCAUUUUUAUUAUUAUCCAUUCUCAUUCGUCUCUCAGAUUUAUAUUGCUUUGAUGUAUUGCGUACUUUUCGGAUUUAACUGGGCCAACAGUUGGUCGAUAUUCUUCUUGGGAUUCUCUACCGGAUCAUUACUUCUCACCUUGAUAUUUACUGUGAUGUUCAUCUACUUUAGGAUUUCAAUGCGAAAAUGUGAUGAAUUUCGGAUUAGGGGAGAAGUUGCACUACCACCACACAUAAUUGGCAAGUACAUCUGA